AUGUCCACAAUCACAGAGCUGUGCACAACACCGCCCAACGUCUCUCCGGAGGAUAAAUACUCCCAACUCCUCGAGACCCUCACCGCGCUCGAUAGACUCACCACCGCAGACACAGCAGAUGUCACACCCGCCGAGACACAAACGCUGCUAACGUGGCUCCCGGGCGUCAUGCUGCCCACCGAGGCCCUGCUCCCGCCGGAACACGUCCUCGAAGACGACGACCUCACGCCCCCGGCCGUGCUGGCGCCGUACCAAUCCGUGUGCCGCCUCGCGCUGCAGAUCAUCACGCGGCUGCCCACCGUACCGGACGAUAUCAGCCCCGAACUUGCCGUCGCGCUCAUCUCACAGACGUCCCCGCACGACCCCUGGACCACUGCCGAGUCGCGGGCGCUGUCCACCUCGCUGCUCGCCACGCACACCCUCCCAACCGCCACACUCACCGCCUUCCUCACCGCGCUCAAACCCCACUUCACCACGCCCCACCCCACGCUCACUCCCGCUGCGCACGCCGCCGCCCGCCCCUCCACCUUCCGCGCCCCGCUCAUCGCCCAAACAGCACCAUCAUACCGCAGCACCCACCCGCACACACCCACCCUCCUCCACUACACCGUGCUCCGCCUCCCCGCGCACCUCGACCCCCUCUGGCCACUCAUCCUCCCCCCGCUCCUAACCCUCCUCGACGACCAUCACGCCCCCACGCGCGCCACCGGCGCACGCAUCCUCGCCGUGCUCCUAACCCACCCACAGACACCGUCCAUGCUGUCCCGUUCGGGACUCGGGCCAGUCCUCUGGGACGCCGCCCUCCCAGCCGUCCUCUCCCUCCCGCCGCUCACGCCAACGGCAGUGUCCGUGCCCCUUCUGGAGGCGGCAUACCCCGCGCUGAUUGCGCUCGCGCGCGUGCUAGGCGGCGGACGGGCGCGCGAGCGCGCGCGGCUGCUGGGCGUGCUACUGCGGCGCGGGGUGGUGGCGGGGAUGCGGUAUGCCGGGGAGAUUGUUGCGGUGGUGGAGGUGCUUGUUGGUGUUAUUGGGGAGCUGGUGCGCGAGAUGGGGGUGUGGUGUGUUCGGCAUUUGGGGGAUUGUGUUGGUCUGCUUGUGGGGGUGCUGGUGGACCCGUUUGUGGGGGUGAGGUGGGGGCUGGCGGUGCGCGCGGUGGGGGCGCUGGUGGAGGUUUUGCGGGUGGGGUGGCGGAGGAUGGUGGAUGGGGGGCGGAUGGAGGGGGGGGAGGAGGUGAUGGGGGGGCUGAGGAGGUGUGUUAGUGUGCUGGCGGCGGUGGUGGGGAGGGAGGAGUGGGAGGGGGUGGUGAGGGAGGUCGUGGCGGUGGAGAAGAGUGCGGUGGGGCUGUUUGAGGGGACUGUGGGGAGAGGGGGGGAGUAG